CAUUCAGCACCCGGAAAAGCUUCAUUCUGGUUAGACGCAUGAGCUUACUCUGUAUGAACCGGGUUUGGUUUUAUUAAUAAAAACUCUGGACAGUUUUUUCUACGUUUCUUCGCACCAUCAUGUCUUCAAAAAGCUGCAGCAGUGACGAGCAGUUUGAAGGACAGGCCGCAGUAAAAGAAGAACUGAACAAGAAGAUUAAAGAGCAGAAAGUUCUUGUGGACGAGCUCUGCAAUCUGAAGAAAAACAGGAAAGUCUACAUCCAGCAGAGGAACAGUAACAUCUUCUUUGUGGGAGAGAGAAGUCAGACACUCACUUCGUGCAAAAAGGAGCUUGAUUAUAUGAAAAAGGAACUUCAGGAUAUCUGAGGCCACAGCAACGCCGCGAUGUGUGGGAUCUUCUGUGCGCUGAGUCUGGCGUCCGCUCACUCUCAGUGGAAUCAAAGAGUUUAUGAACAUUUAAAAAGGAGAGGGCCCAAUUUGAGCCAGGACCUCGCCAUCACAGGCUCAGAUCUCAGCUAUUGCUGUUUAUUCUCUGCUCACGUUCUUCACAUGAGAGGUCUCCUCACUGCUCAGCCGCUUCAAGACGCCGCCGGAAACAUCCUGCUGUGGAAUGGAGAGAUUUUCAGUGGCCUGCCGGUGACGCCAGAGGAGAAUGACACCACGGUUUUAGCUCAGCGGCUAUCAUCCUGCAAUGCCCCUUCAGAGAUUCUCACUGUCCUGUCUGCUAUUCGUGGACCAUGGGGGUUUGUUUACUACCAGAAGGCAGGAGACUACCUGUGGUUUGGCCGAGAUUUCUUUGGUAGGCGGAGCUUAUUAUGGACAUUUGACGCAGAGGCCGGCGAACUGACUCUAACUUCUGUGGCUGCUCACACUUCUGGUCCCAAACAGUGCGUGUGGCAGGAAGUCCCGGCAGCUGGUGUGUUCAGGGUUAACCUCAAGGCGGCAGCAGAAGCUGGCUGUGUGGCAUUUGAGGUUUAUCCUUGGGCUCAUGCAGAAAGUGAUGUCAGUAAUGACACCAUACCUCAGGUGUUGGAGUCCAUCCCGAGAGGUUGCAGUGCUGUGAUGAACCAGUCGGGUCUUGAACUCUCUUCACCUGUUCCACCUAUGAAUGUGUCUCUUCCAGAAACAUUAAAUGAUACAGAAAUUCACUCAAACUCAUGUCUGUCUGUGGAGGAUCUGGAGAAGCUGCUGCGCAGUGAGGAGAAAACUGAUGAGGUGAAUCAUCUCAUCGACGUUCUCAGCGAGGCAGUGAGGAGACGCGUUCAGUCUCUACCUUUCAGGGCUCUAAACCUCUCUCCUCCUGCUAUUGACUGUGCUCGUGUUGCCAUACUUUUCUCAGGAGGCAUUGAUUCAAUGAUCCUGGCUGCUUUAGCUGACCGUCACGUACCUGCACACGAGCCUGUAGACCUGUUGAAUGUGGCCUUUAAACUACAGGAGCCCAAAAAGAAGAACGAGUCCUCGAGAAAGCCCAAAAAUAAGCCCAUAGAUUUAAAAGCUGAUCGGGGAAAUUCCCAAGUGUUGAGCCCCUUUGACGUUCCUGACAGAAUCACUGGAAGAGCUGGGCUCAGGGAACUACAAGAACUGAACCCUGAGAGGAAGUGGAACUUUGUGGAGAUUAACGUAACGCAGGAGGAGCUGCAGGAAAAGCGCCUGGAGCGCGUCUGUCACCUGGUGCAUCCGCUGGACACGGUGCUGGACGACAGCAUCGGCUGUGCUGUUUGGUUCGCUGCAAGAGGAGUGGGAUUCAUCGCGGAGGGAAACCACCAGAGGCCAUUCACGUCGUCGGCAAAGGUCAUUUUGACCGGAAUCGGAGCAGAUGAGCAGCUGGCUGGUUACUCCAGGCACCGAGUCCGGUUUAAGACCUCUGGACACGAAGGCUUGAUCCAGGAGCUGGCCAUGGAGCUGGGCCGGAUCUCCUCCAGAAAUUUGGGCAGAGACGACAGAGUGAUCGGGGACCAUGGAAAGGAAGCUCGGUUUCCGUACUUGGACGAAGACGUGGUGAGCUACUUGAAUUCGCUUCCCGUGUGGCAGAAAGCCGAUCUGUCGCUUCCUCGAGGAGUCGGCGAGAAACUCCUCCUGAGGAUGACGGCAAGGCGACUGGGCCUCGGUCAAUCGGCCGUCCUGCCCAAGAGAGCCAUGCAGUUUGGCUCCCGCAUCGCAAAGAUGGAGAACAGCCGCGAGAAGGCCUCGGACAAAUGCACAAGACUCAACAUUGUUUAGAUUAAUAAAAUAACAUUUAUAGAAAAGAUUCAUCAUAAACUUAAAGGUGUAUUUACAGUCACACACGAUAAUUUUCUUCUUGGAUCAGUUAAAAAAAACAAAACG